AUGGUGGAAAAAUGUAGAGAACUUGAAUUUGGCAGUACUUUUAAAUAUGUCAAUUCCAUUGAUGUUUCUCAAAACAAUCUAAUUGGUGAAAUCCCUGAAGAUAUCACAAGCCUCAUUGCAUUAGGAGCCUUAAAUUUUUCGUGGAAUAAGUUAAUAGGAAGCAUCCCAAAGAAGAUUGGAAACAUUAGAUCAUUGGAAACACUCGAUCUUUCAAACAACAAUCUUUCGAGACCCAUUCCACAAAGCAUCUCAUCUUUAGCCUUUUCGAGUCACUUGAAUCUAUCUCACAAUAACUUGUCAGGAAAAAUCCCAUCAGGAAACCAACCCCAAACACUCGAUGAUUCGUCUAUUUAUACAGACAACCCUUUAUUGUGUGAGUUUUUUCUUCCUACCAAGUGCUCAGGCAAUGAAGAUCAUACAUCUAAUUCAUCUACUUCUGGUGAAGGAGGUUCAGAAGACAAUGGUGUUAAGAAUGAUAACGAAAUGCUCUGGUUCUAUGUUAGCAUGGGAUCUGGAUUCCUUGUGGGACUUUGUGGUGUUUGCUUCACUUUAUGGAUCAAAGUGUCAUGGAGAAAAGUUUAUUUUUGGUUUGUAGGGAUAGCGUAG